AUGGACAGCAUACCAGCUAAUAUUGGAAUAGCUGGGGAUAAUGAAAAGGAAAUUACGGCAACUAAAAGCGGAAUAAAAUAUGAUAUACAAAAUGAUGAAAAUUAUAAAAAAUUAAAAGAAGAAAAAAAAAAAUUAAAAAAAGAUUUAUUAAUUAAAGAUAGUGAAAUAAAUAGUUUAAAAAAAGCAUUAGAAGAAAGAGACAGAGAUACAAAAAGUAAUUAUAUACCAUUAAAUGAAGCAAGAAAAAUUACUUAUAAAGCAUUAAGAAAAGGAUCAGCGGCACAAAAAAUAGUAAACUUAAUAGUAGGAAGUAGUAUAAAUUAUAAAUUAAAAAAAAAUGCCUUAAAUACAUUAUUAAUUAAUGCAUAUGGUAUUAUGCAUAAUAAAAAAAAUCAUAAUUAUCCAGAUAUUUUAAAAUACACUGAUUCUCAUUUAAAACUAUUUAGGCAAGAACAACUAAUCUUGUUAGCAGAAAAUGAAAGAUUAACAAUACAAAUGAAAGAUUUAAAAAAACAACUACUAGAUAAUAAAAUAGAUAUAUUAAAAAAGAAUGAAAAUAAAUUAUUUUGUUCUAUGAAAAAAAUAUCAAAAAAUAUAAAUAACUCCAAUAUAAGCAAUUCCAAUAUUAAUAAUUUAGACAAAAGUGAAAAUGAUUAUAUUGAAUUAGACGCUGAUCUUGUUGAAAAGAAUUUUAUAAAAUUAAUAAAAAAUAUUCAAAUUGCUCAAUUUAAAUUAUUAUGUUAUGCUUUUAGGAAGUUGACAAAUAAUUUUUAUUGUAAUUCUCGUUUUAAUAAUCAAGGAUUAGGAAUAACAUCAGCCUUAAAAUAUAGUGCUGAAAAUUUAAACAAAAUAUUAAAGUAUAAAAAAUUUAUAAAUUUAUGUACCGCAUUUUAUAAAUUAUUACUAUAUAAUGAAAAUAAUUAUAUAUAUAAUAACAAAAAUUGUAAUUAUAAUAAUGUAAAUAUAAAUCCAUAUGAAAAUAAUAAUUAUUCUCGUUUAAAAAAAAAAUCAAAUAAUAGUGAAAUAGCUAAUUAUGUUUUUAAACCCUACUAUUAUGAUAAUCUUCCUAGUGCUACCCUUGAUACAAAAAAUAAAAAAUAUUCACAUUCAAAAAUCAAAAAUAAUAGUAUUAUAAAAAACAUAAUUCAUAAUGUUCCAAAUUAUUAUGACCAAACUGACACUAUAGGUACAUGUCUAGAUCCAUUCUUUUAUGAAAAUCAAAUUAAUAAGCCACCUCCAAAUAAUUAUUACCCAAGUUAUGCACAAAAUAAUAAUGUUUCAAAAAAUGCAUAUUUUAAUAUGGGAUUAAACAAAACUAAUGAUAAAUGUGAAAAUGCUUCUUAUGUAGGCGAUUAUGAAUAUUUGAAAGAGUUAGACUCAUAUGAAAAAGAAAAAUUUAUAGAUAUGUUUAUAACAGAAUCUAAUAAAAGAUGA